CACCCUUGGCAACUGCAUACCUCAAGCCACAGACCUUAUCCAGACGCCGCGGAGGAAGGAGCGUGAAGCCUCAUCAUGUCAGCCGGGAGAGUUAUCGUUUAUGGGGGUCGCGGCGCCUUAGGCUCCAUCGUGGUGAAACACUUUAAGGCCAACAAUUUCUGGGUGGGGACCAUUGACUUGGUGGCCAAUGAUGAGGCAGACACAAGUGUGGUGGUGAACAGGGAUGACAGCUGGGCAGCGCAGACCACCGCUGUCAUUGAAGGGUUGACAGCUGCCCUGGGUGGUGAGAAGGUGGACGCCAUCAUAAACGUGGCCGGGGGCUGGGCUGGAGGGAACGCUGGCAGCAAGGACUUCCAGAAGUCAUGUGAGACCAUGUGGUCUCAGAGUGUGUGGUCUUCCACCAUCACAGCCCAAGCUGCAGCACUCUUCCUGAAAGAAGGUGGGCUGGUCACCCUCACUGGAGCACAGCCAGCACUGAAGGGAACAGCAGGCAUGAUUGGCUAUGGGAUGGCCAAGGCGGCUGUACACCAGCUAACCAAGAGCCUUGGCCAGGAUAAUUCUGGUCUGCCCAAAAAUUCCACGGCUGUUGCCAUCCUGCCUGUGACUCUGGACACCCCAAUGAAUCGCAAGUGGAUGUCUGGGGCAGACUUCUCCAGUUGGACACCCCUGGAGUUUGUUGCUGAGCUGUUCCAUAAGUGGCUCAGUGGCAAAGAGCGGCCAGCAUCAGGCAGUCUGGUGCAGCUGGUCACCAAGGAAAACAAGACUGACCUGGUGGUGGCCUAAGUCCCUGCUGACAUGACAAUACCCUGGCUACACUGUACACUGCUUGGUCUGACGUCUACCCCCACAACCUAGCCCCACUUCUUUCCUUUUCCUUUGCAUACUUCUCCACCUGCCUCCUUACCCUCAACAACAAUUAAUUUUCAUUUCACAUACCUGUACUUUUUUACAUCACCUGUCUGUUUAUUUGCAACAUCUAGACUAACUUCACUCUCAUUUAAUGUGUUCUCUCACAUCACUUCUCUGCUUUUCCUCAACAACUAAUUUGUCUCUCUGUUAUAUACCUGUAUUCUUUUGUAUCACCUGUCUGCGUAUCUUCAACAUCUAGACUAAUUUCAACAUUGUUUACCUGUAUUCUCACAUCACCUGUCUGCUUAUCCUUAACGACUACAAUCUCUCACUUACCUGUUUCCUUUCACAUCAUCUGUGCCUAUCCUCACCAUCUUUCUUAAGUCUCUAUCUAUCGGUAGGUUAUGUUUGCCAAAUUGUACGCACAAUUCCAAUUAGUACUCACAUCAAGGGAAAGAAUAAUAUGGGAGAUGAAGCUGAAGUAUCAAAGGAACUGUUUUAAAGGUGAAGAGUCGGUAUCAGGUGUUACCUUGACAGUAGUUCACUUUUUGUCCUGGCUCAGUUUUCUUCUGGGACAUGCAAAAGGUUCCCUAAAACAAUUGAGAGGAAUGGGGAGAACAAUAUAAGAUUUCAAGAACAGCACACAGAAGGAAAGUACAAUCUGUAUUGGGUGUGUGUAUGUUUAGAUUGGCAAGCACUUCACAUAUUCUUGCUUGUAUUCUUUUUGUAUACUUCCAUAUCUUUUGGUUGAAUUUUUCUUAUAUUCUUCCUCAUCACUCGUUUGUAUUUUUUCCUAUCACUUGCUUAUACUCAUCCUGUUUUCAUCCAUACCACCUGCUAGUAUUCUUCCUCACCACUUUCUUCUGUUCUUCUUGUAUACUUCCUUAUCUUUUGUAUUUUUCCUCACCACCUACUUAGAUCCUGUUUGUAUUCUUUCUCACCACUUGGUAGUAUUCUUCCUGUAUUCAUCUUUACCCCCUGCUUGUAUUCUGUUUGUAUUCUUCCUCACUACUUCCUUGCUUGCUUGGCCUCAGUGUCUAUUAUUAUUUCUUCUUACUGUGUGACUACUUCCUCUCCUCCACCUUGGCCCACUCUUCUCUUCCUCGGGGGCUGUCUCCACCUCCCUCUCCUUGUUCUUCUCACCUGUGUGUAUUUCCCCAUAUUACAAGUUAUUGUUUGAUAUGUAAUUGUGAUGUCAACUUGUAUUUUGAGAUGGGAGGAUUGUUUUGUUUUGUAUCACCUUAGCUGUUAUUUUAUUAGUGAUCCUGUAUAGAGUUAAUAUUGAAACAUUCUUGAUUUUUUUUUCUUUUUUUCUCAAGUUAAUGGAGAAUUUAGGUCAUUAUUUUGUUACUUGUGGAUUGAAUUGUUUGCUGUUAAUUGUAAAACUCUUGAUUUCCAGACAUUCAUUAUUUUGCACAAAGUUAAUGUUUCAGCAAAUUUAAUUUUCAUUGACGACACUUUCCAUUUGGGGUAAGAGUUCUAGACGCAAUAGUAAAGGGAAGCCUCAUCCCCAGUCUCAGCCUCCUAUAUCAUGGCACUUGUGUCUCUUUUGAAGGUGGUGUGAGGAUGGUGGUGAGGUUCUUAUCUCACCUAAUUAUAUAUACAGAAUUGAGUCAAGCUCAUAGUGCCCCAUCCUUUGAAAAAUUUUAUCACAUUUAUAUUUAAAGCUAUGAAUGUUUUUAGCACACAUGACUUCUUCUGACAGUGUAUUUCACUGCUUAAUUGUUUUCUCACACCCUUCUUUAAUGUUACAUAAGUUUUUGCUGUUCCCUCAUGACAACAACAACAGUCUAGGUACAACAUAUUCAUUACUGUUAACCCCAGACUCCUGUAUCAUGGAACCUGUCUCUGUGAAAGGGGUGUGAGGAUGUGGUGAGGUUAUCUUGUACUGCUGAUGUUGGGUUCAAUGUGUGUGUGUGUGUGUGUGUGUGUGUGUGUGUGUGUGUGUGUGUGUAUGUGUCUUAUGAUGAUAAAUGAGAAAGAGGUUCACUAAUAUAUUGAUUUUUUUUUUUUUUUUUUUUUUUUUUUUAGAUAUUUUAGAUAGGUUUAACAUGAGAUGAGUGUAUAAACAUCAAUAAGUGUUAAGUUUGCAUGCAAAUGUCUUGAUGUAAGCUUGUAGCGUUUAAAGUUGAUAUGCAUUCUUCAGUUUCUUGUUGGGUAUUGCUGUUUAUAAGUUGGUCCAGAAUAGUAUAAAUAGUGCUCAUGUCUUACUCCUCAGAUUAACUCUAUGGAUAUUUUCCCUGCUUUCCUUCGAUUUGACAACGUUGAUAUAGAGACUUAAGUGAUUAAGUAAGUUGUGUCCUCUUUAAGCAUAGAGAUAUUUGGUGGCAUGGUCUGAUUUAAUUUAGUAAUUGUCACUGCAUGGAAGGUAGUAACUUCAAGCAUUCCUAAGCCCAGCUGUAGUUGAUGUCACCCUAAUACUAGUGAAUGAAGGACACUAAAAAAAGCAUAGCAACAGGAUCUCGGCUACUGAGGCAAGAAAGCUUUUUUAUCAAGUUUAAGAAAAAAAUGUGCAGGCCUUAUACAUUCAGUUAAUCUGAUCUGAGUAAGUGCAUCGAUACCCGACAAAUCUUAAGUUUAAUUUCACUUGGGUACACAAAUAAGUGCCUAUGGUGUCUGGCAGACAGAUUCCCACUAUUGAGAUGUACGUAUUUUUAUACAGAGUGCUUCCCUACCUCCUCUUGAAGAGGUUGGAACAGAUUUAGGUAAUAACAGAUAUUAGUGCUUCCCUGCCUAUUUUUGUAAGUGUUAAAGGUGCUGAAACAGGAGUGAGGCUCUCGAGGAUAUAUGGUGCGUCCUCGGAGCUUCAGGGAAAGGUGAUAAAGCAAAUGUAAGUCUUCACACAGGAAAGCUUAGCCAGCCAUCAUUGUAAAGUGUGUGUUUUGGUGGAAGGUGCUGUUUCUUGCUUCCCUCAGCACCACCACCACGCCACACACGCAAACACAAGGCAUGGCAGGGUUAAUAUUAAUGAAUUUCCUUACAUUCCAUGCUUUUUCUGAUAGCCAUCAGUGAUCAUUUAUCUUAAAACAUGUGCAAUAUCAAAUAGAUGCUGGUUAUAGUAAUAAACAAUGCAGGUGUUUGA